CUGACCUUGUAAAAUAUAACACCCUAUCCUCCAAGUUUCUUCAAUAUAAUACCAUUUCUUUACACUUUACCCACUGAACCUUAACAUGUACAUAAAUGCUCCCUCAAGUUAGGCCUGCUGGAAAUAUAUAUUACUAAGUCGUCUUCUUCUUCUUCUUCUUCUUCCUUGCCUUUGACCAUGAAAAUGGCUGGAGCAGAUCAAGUUCAUGAAGGCAAGGCACUCAAGAACAGUGAAGAGGCAGACUCUUGUAAUCCUCAUCAAUGGAUGACCAUGAAACAUGGCAAUGAUAUAAGCAACUCAGCUUCCAUUUCCUCCUCUGGAGAUCCAACAAGUUCCGAUAUGUCAUCAGAUGUGAUGGAUGAUGCAACAUCAUCAUCAUCAUCACCUUCAUAUGGACCUCUAUAUGAAUUAUCAGAGCUCAUGGCUCAACUCCCCAUCAAGAGGGGUCUUUCCAAGUAUUAUCAAGGGAAGUCUCAAACAUUUGCAUCUUUAGGUUGUGUGAAGAGCCUGGAAGAUCUUGCAAAGAAAGGAAGGCCAUGCAGAAGGAAAAUGAAGGCAUGUAAGAGCUAUGGAGGGGGAUUGGAUAAUCGGAUUCACAGUCCUAAGGCUACCAUAUCAAAGAAGAGUUCGAGGACACAUUCUGGGUAGUAGUAGUAGUACUACUAUCAUUCUGAUUCUAGUGCUUCAAAAUGCAAGCGAAACACUUGGCCACAGCAAGGGCAUUAGGCCGGGAAGAACUUCAGGGAAGGAGCUAACAGAAAACAUGACACAAGUGCAGUUAUCAGAGCAACAGUUCCUGAAAUGGGUGAGGUUCGUGGGCAGCCUCAAGCACUCCCUCUUCAGAACCGCCAAGAACAAGCUCUCCCCCUCCUACACCCUCACCGUUGACAAGAAUCCGGCCGCCGGAGACUUCACCACCAUCCAGGCCGCCAUUGAUUCCCUCCCUUUCGUCAAUCUCUUCAGAGUCGUCAUCAAGGUUCACGCCGGAGUUUACUCGGAGAAGGUCAGUAUACCUCCGUUGAAGUCGUUUGUGACCGUACAAGGAGCAGGAGCAGAGAAGACGAUAGUUCAAUGGGGAGAUACGGCCAUGACGAGGGGGCCAAAUGGGAAGCCACUGGGGACAUUUGCUUCUGCAACUUUUGCUGUGAACGCUCCAUAUUUCAUCGCCAAGAACAUCACUUUCAAGAACACAACGCCACUUCCAGCACCAGGAGCAAUGGGGGCGCAAGCAGUGGCGUUCAGAAUAUCAGCGGAUACAGCAGCGUUUGUGGGUUGUAGAUUCCUGGGAGCACAGGAUACACUGUACGAUCAUGUGGGCAGGCAUUACUACAAGGAUUGCUACAUCGAGGGCUCUGUCGAUUUCAUCUUUGGCAAUGCCCUCUCUCUGUUCGAGGGGUGCCAGGUACACGCGAUAGCGCGGGUGACGGGGGCGGUGACGGCGCAGGGGAGGAAGAGCCUGCUGGAAGAAUCGGGGUUCUCGUUUGUGCGGUGCAAGGUGACGGGGUCGGGGGCCCUGUAUCUGGGGCGGGCAUGGGGUCCCUUCUCCAGGGUUGUCUUUGCCUACACCUAUAUGGACAACAUCAUCAUCCCUCAAGGCUGGCAUAACUGGGGUGAUCCCAACAGAGAAUUGACCGUGUUCUAUGGACAGUACAAGUGCACAGGGCCAGGGGCACGUUUUGCAGGAAGAGUGUCGUGGUCAAGAGAGCUCACCGACGAGGAAGCCAAGCCUUUUAUUUCACUUAGCUUCGUUGAUGGCGCUGAAUGGAUCAAAUUGUAGUAAAAUAGGACGUGAACAUCAGUGAAAUGAUGAUGCAUUAAUUCAUCGAAAUUAGUCCGAAUUGGGCAGCUGAGGAGGAGGCAACGCAAACAGUCAAUAAGCAUAUAUAAUAACCCAUGCAAGGAUGGAUGGAUCCUUGAGACUUUUUUAUGCGCCGUCAGCAGCUGCUGCUGCCCAAUUAGUACUCCCCCUCCGGUAUAAUUAUCAUUAUCCGUAAUAAGAUUCCUGAUUUGAUAAAGCCAAACGAAUUUAAAAGCCCACCUCCCUCAAAACUACUCCUUGCUCUGCUUAAGAUAUCGCCGGCACGACGGUGGUCGCCGGAAAAUGAUAUCUGUAGGUGUUGGUGUCACCAAAUAGCAAAUAGCAGCGUUUGAAGCCUCAAAUGAUUGUAGGUCUUUGCUCGUUGGCAUUUAUUAUAGAUAGAUAGAUAGAUGGUUGGGCCAAGUCUCAAUAAAUAUGGUAAAGCACACAUUUGUUGUUAUACCUAAUAAUGUAUUUAUUUCUAUAUUGCAUUGUUCAAUAAAGAAAUUCACUGA